ACAGGCAAGGCAACACGCACCAACCGUACCUACCGGACACCUCAUUCUUCACAGGUGGAUAAAUACAUACACAAUCACACAUCACACAACACACACACACACACACACACACAGACAGAAAACACGCAAUUCCCUCCCCCCUUCCCCCCCGUCCCGCCCCUCACCCCUGUCCCCUCAUCAUCUCUUUCACCACUUCUCCUGCGGCACCCAGCAGAGCUCUGGGAACUCCUCAGUGCUCCUGCUCCGCCCACACCCACCGCCCCGGUCCCAUCCUAUGCUGCGGCUGCCCAUCCGCGAGGGCGGCAGCGAGACCGGCUCAGGUGACGCCUGGCCGAACGGCGACACCAGCUCGUUGCUCGUCUUAGGGCCCAUGUGGCACGUCCGAGAGGCCGUCGUCUCCUGCGGGCUGCGCCAUCCCACAUGGCGUGUCCGCGAUCGGCUGUGCCACUCGUCGCGGGCUCGCGCGCUGCCCGUGUGUGCGUCCGUCCAUGCGCCGCUGCUCAUGAGAGCCGAUAUGGAGCUCUCGCUGCGGGCGGGGAGAAAGGGCAGCCGGGGGGCGGGCUGUCGCAUCGAUGCCGUGCUCAUCUCGUCCAGAUCGGCGCGGCGGCUGGAUGCGGGCGUGGCGAUGGUGCUGACCGUCUUGACGCGGGAACUCUGCUCGCCAGAGACGCAGUACAGUGGGGGGUCCCUCGGCAGCCCAGUGAGUCGCUUGGUCCGAGACGGACGGGCCUUGUGCAGCCCGCAGAAGAAGAGCCCUCCCGUGUUUGCCGACUUGCUCGGCUUGCUGGCCGCGCCACAGUGGUGGCACUGGACUCUUGCGGGGCACUGGCUGGCGCCGGUGAAUGCGGGCUGCUCUGCAGCCGCGGCAGCUGCCCGCUGGACCUCCCGUCUGUGGUAGAACAUGUGGAGGGAGAGGUAGCACAGGAGCAGGCCCACAAAGACGACCACCACGAUCGGGUAGAACCAGAAAGGGAUCCCGCCGGGCGGCCCCUCUUCUUUUGAAGACGACCUUCGGUGGUGGUCGGUGGAUGGCUUGGGCACCUUGUGGUUGUCUGCUUUGGGAGGGAGGGAGGGGAAGGGAGCCGUCUCGGUGCGGUUGGCGGUGGCUACGGGCUGCAUGAGGGCAUGAUGCUUCUGUUUCUCCUGCUGCUGCACGCCCCCCUUGUCUCUCUUGUUGUUCUCAUUGCCACGUGCUGUGUCUUCGUUUCUGGUGGGCUCUGUGGUGAUCUCCAGCGACUCGUCAGUGACCCGCACGUCGAUGGUGCUGUCCUCCUCUCUCUCACGCCCCUCAACAACGGCAGAAGACUCAUCCCGCUCCCUCGUCUCGCCACUGCCGUUGUGAGCAUUUCCUGCGCUGUCUUCCCGCCACUCGGCCUCCUCUGACCUCACCCCAACCGUCCGCAGCAUCACAUUCCUCUCUGUCCUGCCGCUGCCAUUGCCGCUGCCGGCCCUGGUCGAUCCACAGUCCGAUGAGCCGUUGGCCUGUCCCCACUCGUGGCCAAUGUUGCAGUGGACAGGGCGGCUCUCGGGGGUGUCCUCGACCGCCUGCGGCGGGAGGGCAGCGAUCUGCUGCUUGGGCGUGGGCAGUCUGGGUGUGGGCCUGGGGAAGUAUCUCGGAUCGUCGUCCCAGAAAGCGGGGAGGGUCAUGGUGAGGGGGAAGGUCUUGUCGACCAUGAAGGCCUGCCGCAGCAAGGACUGGGGGUCCGACAUGACCGACCGAUAGAUGGACAGGAAGUCGUCGAAGCGCUCCUGAUGGGGGCCGGACGGGAUCCUGCCCGAAUACCAUACCAAACGCACAGGCGAGGCGUGGAGGGUUGAUUCCAUUGUGAUGUCUGUGGCGUGUUGUGUCUGACUCACUCGAUUGCGGCGAUGACGGAUCCAGGUUUGACGUCCCUCAAAAAGACUUCAGAUGGGAUGAGGCCCAGCGACCGGGCCACUGCGUUCUCGAGCUCCUUCGCAAACCUCUUGUAAGCCUUCGCAGACUGAUAUAUAGAUCACACGCAGACAAACACCCCCCGCAGAGAGAGUUGUGAGAAGCGUGAAAGUGAUUGCUUUGCUCUGGCGUGCUGACCUUUGUGACGUCGUGGUAGUCCCUGUCGACGAUUCUCAUGGUGAGCACCCGCGCCAUCCUCGCGUCCUGGGGCUCUGUCAACCCCCUCACCGACUGCGGCCCGGCAGCCCAUACUCCCGACGCCGCCCCUAGAGAUACUGAGGCCCACAGCAGAGUUCCCAGGGCAUUGACAAACAUUUCGUCGAGAGAUCAGCCGCCGCCUCAGCAGGGCCGGUCCGGCAUCUGCCGCGAAGGGCCGCCCCUCUCCCCCCAGACGCACAGAGAUCGGGAGAUAGGGGAGCACAGCGGAUGGAGAGGGGGUAGCCAGGUGUGCCUGGCAGGUGUGUACGCAGUCCGCGCCUGGGAAGGAAGUGCCC